AUGAUACGUCAACCCGAACUGAUAUAUAAAAAACCGCAACGACAGCAAUAUCUCGAAAACGAUCCCGCGCGUCCCGGAAUGCGACAGAUGCUCGUGCUCCUUCUCCCACCACGACUCCCAGCUCUUCUCCGGCGGCACUCCGAUCCCACCCCUAUUAUUCAUCCACUUAUUCCAAUCCGUCCAAUCAUCCACAAUCUUUUGCCACUCGAAUCCCGACGGAUUAAACAAGAAAGGCGCAAAAAGCCACGUCCCCACCAAAAACCAUAUCGAGACCGUAAUAAAAACGUAAGCCGCCACUCCGCGGUACGCCCGACCAAAGAUGUGACGGUAGUUGUCGGCAAAACGGGCGUGAAAGACGACGAAGCCGCGGCCGGUUCCUCUGUAGCGGGCCCCACCGUGGAGUAUGGUGCGGCCAAAGUAGUGGGUUCGGGUGCCGAGGGAGAAGGUGAAGAAGACGGACGCCAGCUGGAGCUGCAUGAGGACGAAGUCGGGCGUUGCGGAAGCCGCGCUCGAGGCCGAUCUCCAUCAUCAUGGGGAGGGCCAUUAGGAAGCCGAUCUGGACGAACGAUUGGGAAGCGAGUGCCACCUGGAGGGGUUUGUUGUCACGGAUCGCGCGGUUUUGACUCAGUUCUUCCUCGAGGCCGCUCAGGACGAGGUAAAGGCGGCCGUAGAGGAAUACGUAUACGGACAUCAUGCGGAAGAAGUCGAACCGGUGGCCUAGCCUGUAAAUAUCACGACUCAGAGUCUGUUCCCCAUUGCCGCAUGCGAUCUUUGCUUCGAAAAAAUAUGGUGCCUGCAAAGAUGUCCUCGCUUAAGUUUAUGAUUCUGGAAGCUUUGCUGACACCACCUCUAGUCAGGUGA